CUCUCUCACACACAAUGGCUGACAACGCCACUGCCACCACCACCACGACAGUGCCACUGCCUCAAGAAAACACCACGGCGGCAGUUGCUGCUCCGCCGUCGCCACCGCCACAAGAAAUCCCCGUUCCAAAGACGGAGAUGAAACGCUGGGUGACGAAGAAGACGACGAGCCUUUGGAGGACACAGCUACAGCAGGACAAAGUCGCCGCCGAACUCAACGUCGAGGCCUUAACCAUCGACGACACCAAAACGCUCACAUCACUGCGUCAGGGAAACACUCAUAGAAAAUUAAAUUCUACAAGUUUUGUAAGAAAGUGGAGAUAGUAUUGAAGAGGCUCCCAACUGUCAAAAUCUGACAACAAUCCUACAGGUUUU